AAAAAUCUGCUCUCUUUUCUUUUCUUAUAAUUCCCACUACCAACAUUCUCAUUAUCCCUUCAUCAUUUAUAUAUAUACGACUAGACUACCUCAUUCUCAUCCUCAACAAUCAAAUCCAAGAACUCAUCUCUAUUCUCUUAAACCCACAAAAAUUAUAUUCAAUCUUGUGUUAUUGAUAUGGGCAACUAUAUUUCUUGUACCUUAUUAGGACCAGGAGGCAACAAACAAACAAGAGGUGUAAAAGUCAUAUUCCCAAGUGGUGAAAUCAGACAUUUUUAUCAACCAAUAAAAGCAGCAGAGGUCAUGUUAGAGACACCUAAUUUCUUUCUUGUAAACACAAGGUCACUUAAAAUUGGAAGGAGAUUUUCUGCUCUGAAUGCUGAUGAAGAUCUUGAUAUGGGCAAUGUAUAUGCUAUGUUUCCAAUGAAAAGAGUAAAUUCAUUUGUCUCAGCUGCUGAUAUGGGAGCUUUGUUACUUACUGCUAAUUCUGUGUCCAAAAGGGUGUCAAUUGGAAGUUUCAGAAUCUUGCCUGAAUCAUGUGUAGAGUAUUCUGCUCUGGAAAUAGUACAGCCUCAGGCCAAUUGUGAGCAACAAGUUUUGCCAAAGUUGAAUUUGGAUGAUAUUGAAGAGUUUUCAACUCCAGAAUUUAAGCACAGAUUGUCUAUGUGUAGGUCAAAGAAACCAUUGUUGGAAACUAUUGCUGAAGAGCCAGUUUGUUCAAGAUGAGGAAUGAGGAUUAUUUUGAACUACAUGAAAUUUCGUUCGACUUCUCUUUGAAUUUUAGUAAGGAGAAAAUAUUCUUUUUUACAGAUUAGGGUAGGAUUUAUUUGUGAUUCACAUUCACUAUAUUCUCUGAUGAAAACAAAUAAGAUGUAUAUUUGAUCUUUUUUUUGAGUGAGGCUUAAAUUUGAUCAAAGGAUCAAGAGCUGAACUUUUUUAUUUGAUGGGGUGCUGAAGGGAAGAAAAGAAAAAAAUCCAUUUUUUUUUUUGCUAAUAAGAAAAAAGUCUAUGGUUGUAAAUUUCAUAGCUUGUAAUUUAUGCAUAAUUUUCAGAGCAUAAUGAAAAAAAAUGUAGUGUGUAUUUUUUCAACCCUGA